AUGAUUAUUUCUCUGCUCUUGUCUAUCUGCAUUUUUUCUUCUCUUAUACUCUUUUUAAACCAGCUCAAGCCCUCACAACACACAUUGGCUGAUAUCUAUCUAUCUAUCUAUCUAUCUAUCUAUCUAUCUAUCUAUCUAUCUAUCUAUGUUCAUAUCUGUCUUAGGCUCGUCAGUCCGAGAAUCUACCCCUCUAUCUAUCUAUCUAUCUAUCUAUCUAUCUAUCUAUCUAUCUAUAUUCUGAUAAUUAUCUAUCUAUCUAUCUAUCUAUCUAUCUAUCUAUCUAUCUAUCUAUCACAGUCUGUUGCUUAUCUAUCAAUCCAUUUCAGUUUGUUUCUCUCUCUUUGUAUCUAUCUAUCUGUUCUUUUUCUAUCCCAGCUUGUUUCUUUCUCUCUCUAUCUAUCUAUCUAUCUAUCUAUCUAUCUAAGCAUAGCAUUCAUAAAAAAAUAUGAUGCUAUAAAACAACAGCGGAUAUUAGGAAAAAUAAAUCUAUCUAUCUAUCUAUCUAUCUAUCUAUCUCAAUAUGUUCAUAACUGGCUUCCGGUAGCAUCUCUCAAUCACGUUCUCGCGUUAUUUCUUUCCGUUACUACCUAUCCCUCUUGUCCAUGCAACAAGCCUACGGUUUCUAAUUUUCUCUCCCCACCUCCACUCUUCCCUCGAUUCGAAAUCGCUUUCACUUCUUUUUACUUCCAUAUCCGUUUCGAUAUAACAGCAGAUGGUCCGGGCGAAAAACUAUUUUGCGUCUCAUUCGUCGAAUUAGUAAAUUUAUUAUUAUGUAUGUCUAUAUCUAUCUAUCUAUCUAUCUAUCUAUCUAUCUAUCUAUUUGAAAGGAUUCUUUAUUCGACAUUAUUUCUUAGUGGUUAG